CCCACAUUUCACAUUUCGCUCUUCUCUCUUUUUCCUCCUUUUUUGCAUCAUCAGACACUUUGUCACUUUUUGUUUUCUUUAAUUAUCCUUGCAGCACUCGCCGAGCUUGCUUGACUAUUUGCGUCAGUCCUUUACGUUUUUUGUUUGUUGCGCUUUCGGGUUCAUUUUAUCUUCUAAACGUUUGCGAGUCACCUCUAAACUCUUAGAGUUUGCCUUUUCUCUUUUCCCUCACAUCUCUACUCUUUUCCUCUUCCUUUCUCUUCACAUCUCAUCUCAUCUCAUCCUAUUUUAUUUCAUUUUGUUGCUGUUAUUACACAACAAAUUGCACAUAUCAAGUUCACCUAACGCCCUCUAGUGCUCCAAACAUUAUUUUUCGCACACACCUGUUCACACGCAUAUACAUCUGUAUUCAGCAACAAUGGGACUUUACACCAAACAAGAUCUGAAAGACUCGCAGGAGUUGUACCAAAACUGCGGGUUUAUAUCCAAAAAGACACGCUCAAUAUACGCGUGGCGCGCGGCACUGUGGGUGCGAUACUGCAAAGAAUGCAAGGUAGAUUUUGUCGUUACCGAAGAUAAGUUGAUAUCGUAUUUGGACUGGCUGUUUGAGAUUGACCUGGCCAACAAAAUCAACACCAAGAAGAGCUACGUGCCGGACAUUCUGCGUGACCACAUGGGCAGCGUUAUUUGCCUCUGGCGGAUUCAGACAGGAAACAACUCUGAACUCACAUCCCCGAAAGAAGGAACGCGCUACCAGGCCAAAUGGGACGAGAUUUUGCGUAAAUACCCGCGGCGUGAGCGAUUCCAGUCGCGCAGCUACUUGUCCGAUGGGCGCUCCAUUGAUUCUGGCACGGACAUGCUGCUACAGGUGCAGUCGGUAUUUCCCUCGGGCCACAGGGCCCCUGUAGGUAGCGUCGUCGGCGGCAGCAGCAGCAGCCAUCGCGGCCAUGGCGAAGGUGACUACCAGCAUUCACAGUUCCGCUACCAAGAAAAACUGCAAUAUCAGUAUGGCCACUUGGCGCCGCCAGUGGCAUCAUCGCAGCUCGCACCCCAGAAGCAGAUUCAUUAUCAGCCAUACAGCCCGUACCGUUAUCAGAGCCCGGUGGAUCACCGCAUACAAAGCUCGCUUCAACUGCCACGAGCGCAGUAUUCGCAGCAGCAGCAGCAGCUUUACCCGGCAGCCCUGGUAGAGACAGCAGAGCUGGAGUGCCAGCUUCACUGGCUACUCGGCGGAUCUUGGGCGCACAGCGUGGCACGCUUCCUUUUCACUGUCGCUAUGUCUGCGUGGAUUGACCCUGUUGAUGUCGUUGGCACCCGGCUGUCUGACAUACAUUUUGCGUCUAGCACUAUGGCGCCGCACUUGCCAUCUUCGGUUCUUCGAAUUGCAGUGAUGACCAGCCCCGCGUCCAGCCAGCGCCGGUCUCCUGACAACGGGUAUUUUCCCACUCCGGCCACUCGGCAACAUGUAAGUUAUAUUGUGUGCAAUAUGCGUGCAGCAAUACCAUGUCGCGAGCAUGGGCGCUAGAUAUGCUGCUAGCUGUCUGGUGUAUCAUUUUUUGAGUGCUGCUGAUGUUGUGCGCAUUGUCAAUUUUGUCUGUCAGCUGCACCUGUUUUUAGCAUUUCGACAAGCAGCAACGCGCACAGAAAUAACACUAGUGUUUGUUCCAAUUGUAUAUUUUCAAUUUGCCAUCCCUUUCCCCUUGCAUAAAACACAUGUUGUGCGAGUGCUGCUAGCUGUUUGUGCUCUGUAUGUGUCUUGAAGAACUGUUUGAUUAUCAUCCACUUGUAUAUAACACGGCGUCUUCUUUUUUUUCUUGAUUUUGCUCGUCUCCAUGGCGUACUGGCAUGCACUCGCGGCACUUGUUCUCUUGAUGCACCUGCAGCAAUUUUAAUCACAUUGUUUUUAUUCCGCAGUAGCAGUAGCAGCUCCAGUGCAUUAUUCCCAAUAAUUUGGUUUUCUGUUUUCCUGUGUGCAAUUUCACCAACGCCCGUUGCUUGCUCUUGUUUUCUGGUCUGCCUUG